AUGGUGGCAGUGUUGGGAUCCUGUUUGCUCCUGGCAGUGGCACUGCUGGGCCCAGGGCCCAGUGCUCAAGCCAUGAAAGGUGUCAAGUGUGGGGGUGUGCUCUCAGCACCUUCCGGAAACUUCUCCAGCCCCAACUUCCCCAGGCUCUACCCCUACAACAUAGAGUGCAACUGGCUGAUUGUGGUGGCUGAGGGAUCCUCCGUGCUGCUCACUUUCCAUGCCUUCGACCUGGAGUACCACGACACCUGCAGCUUCGACUUCCUAGAGAUCUACAAUGGGGCCUCUGGAGACAAGGGCAACCUGCUGGGGAGGUUCUGUGGCCAGGUGCCCCCGCCACCGUUCUCCUCCUCAUGGCACGUCAUGUUGGUCGUCUUCCACUCGGACAAGCAUGUGGCCAGCCAUGGCUUUUCUGCAGCCUACCAGAAAGAUGUCUGCGGUGGUGUCCUGACGGGCCUGUCAGGGGUCCUCACCAGCCCUGAGUACCCCAACAAGUACCCCAACAAUGUGGAAUGUCACUGGGUGAUCCGGGCCACUGGCCCCGCCACCGUCAAGCUGGUGUUCAUGGACUUCCAGGUGGAAGGCAACGAAGACUGCACCUAUGACUACGUGGCCGUGUUCAGGGGGCCAGGUCCCGCCCACAGGCACCACUACUGUGGUAGCGCCAAGCCUCCCACCCUUGUGUCCCUGGACCACGAACUGCAGGUGAUCUUCAAGUCUGACUUCAACAUCGGAGGCCGGGGCUUCAAAGCCUACUACUUCUCCGGAGAAUGCCAGGAGGUGUACACGUUCAUGCGGGGCAACUUCUCCAGCCCACAGUACCCCAGCUCCUACCCCAACAACAUCCGGUGCCACUGGAUCAUUCGCCUGCCUCCUGGCUACCGGGUCAAGGUCUUCUUCCUGGACCUGGACCUGGAGGAGCCCAACAGCCUGACCAGGACCUGUGACUUUGACCAUCUGGUGGCCUUCGAUGGGGCGAGCGAGGAGGCGCCCCUGCUGGGGAGUUGGUGUGGCCAUCACCUACCUCCACCCAUCACCUCCAGCCAGAACCAGCUCCUGCUCCUGCUGCACACGGAUCGCAGCACCACCCGCAGGGGCUUCUCUGUGGCCUACAUUGGAGUGGUGCCCAUGAACGUGAGUUGCUCCCGAACGGACUUCCAGAUUCUGAUCUCGGCACAGACACUGGCCCCACUGGAACGGACCAAGGUCUACCUUGGCAGCCGGAGCUGUGCUGCCCAGGAAGUUGGCAGCAACUUCAGGAUCCAGGCCCGCUUUGACACCUGCGGCACUGAGUCUCAGAGAAGGAACAACACUUCAGUGAUUGUCAACAUUCUGUACAUUGACUUCUCGGAUGGUGAACAGGAUGACAUCCAUGAGUAUGAAGUCCUCUGUGAGCCACGGCGCAAGGAGGCUUCUGUCCACCUGCUCUCUGGCUCCGACUGGCUUGGGCCCUAUGCUGCCACCGCUGAGCACCUUCAGGAAGCGCCACCUAGGGCUGAGGCGGAGGCACUGGAAGGCCCAGUGGCUGUGGUGGCCCAGGACACCAGUGACAUUGUCUUCCUGGGCCUUUGCAUCCUGGCGGGAGUCCUCAUGGUCAUUGCCAUUGUGGUCCUGAUGCUGCUGUGA